UCUCUCUCUCCUCAGAUCAGAGGUGCACCAGCUAAAAAUAAAACCACACAUUCCAGUGGCUGGAAUUUAUCUUGAAAAACAAUUUCUAUUUCCCCCUCGAUACUGUAUUCCAGGCUUUUCUACGAUUUGUGAUUUGUGAGAGUAGGAUAUAUUAAGUUUUUAUCGAUUCUUCACAAAAGGUGACUUGUUUGAAACAGGUUUUGAAUUUCCACCAUGUCUGACGACGAAUCCCACAAUCCCCCAGAGGAAAGUACAGAUGCCAUUGAAGAAGUAACCUUUGUAGCUGCACCUACUACUACUACCACUACUACGGAAGUCACUCCUAAUGAGCAGACUGAUCAAGGCUCAGAGAAUGAAGCCCAAAGAGCCAUGGAAGAAGCAGCCAGAAGAAAGGCAGAAAAGGUGGCCCAGGAGAUAGCGGAGUUUGAGGAGCAGAGGAAGGAGGAGAGAGAGAAGGAACAGCAGGAGAUCCAGGCUCUCAGAGAGAAAAGAGAACAACGUAGAAGAGAGAGAGAAGAGGAGGAAAAAAGACUGGCCGAGAUGAGGAUACAAGAAGAGGCCAGGAGGAAGGCCGAGGAGGAGGAGAAAAAGAAGAAGAAGCUAGAAGAAGAACAGAAGAGAAAAGAGGAACGCGAGAGGAAACGCCGGGAACAGGAAAUCCUGAUAAAGAACAUGCGUAAACCUAACUUUGUCAUCACUAAACAUGCUGAUGGAGAGCAUCAGGGAGAGGUAGGAAUCGGGAAUGAGGAGGGGGAGGUACAGAAAUCUAAGGAGCAGCUGGAAGCCGAGAAGAGGGCCUUCCUGACCCAGAAGGUCAAGCCCCUCCCAGACCUCUCCGGGCUGGACGUGGAAAAACUGGCAGAACAAGCCAAGGAGCUUCACAAGGAAAUCUUCCGCCUCAUGAACGAAAAGUACGAUGUAGAGGAGAAAUUCAAGAGACAGCAGUACGACAUGAUUGAACUUGCCGAGAGAGCACGGCAAAUGAGCAAAGGAAAAGGAAGAAAAGGAAUAUCAUCUGCACAGGUUGAUGAAUCCUUUGACAGAUUAGCAGACAAAUUUACCGGUGCCCCACCCAAGAUCCAGUUGUGCAGCAAGUAUGAGCGUCACACAGACCAUCGGUCCUACGGACAACGAUUACAAUUAUUUGAAGAAAUCAGUAAACCCAUCGAACCUUUUGUCCCCGGCCAACAUAAAAAAGAGGAUGAAGAAGGAGGAGAAGGGGAGGAAGACGCCGGGCAGGAGGAGGGAGGGGAAGAGUAACUCAUAACCCCCCAUGUAUCCCGAUAGCCUAGGUGUCAACAGAUUAAGCGAUUAUAUAAAAGAAGCAUUUUAGAUGGAAGAAGAGACAUCUCCAUGACAGCAUUUCAGCUUAGAAUGUUUUGGCAACCAUAAGAAGAAAUAGCUAUGGAUAAUUUAACUUGAUGAUGAAUAGCUGCCUUAAUUCGUUUUUAAUCUCUUCAUGUCCUAGGCUUUCAUUCUUAGCUUUGUAAAUUUCGUUUUAUUUAUAAAAAUAUUACUUUG